AUGACGACUCGCGACCAAACCAUCACCACAAAUUUCUUACUGGCUAAUCUGCAUUGUCCCACGUGCGUAUCCUCUAUAAAAGAUGUCUUGGAACGACUCCCUGGUAUUAGUUGGGUGUCGCCCAACGUCGUUACCUCAUGGGUCGCAGUCGAGCACGAUCCCAAAGCGUCUAUUACCGAGAUGGCGUCUAAAUUGGAGUCUUCGGGGUUUGAGGUCUCUAGUGUAGCCUCAACCAAUGGCGAAGAAACUCUAGCCAACUUGCUACAUGGAGAUCCAUCUAACAUUCCCGGCCCCUCAGCAGCCCCGACUUCGCCAGAUAUCAGCCUACGAGACAGCCCGCUAGGUCGAAUCUUCAAACUGCCAAGCAAACUUACACAUGGGCAUACAUCGAUCGCUAAGGCAGAGAAGGAAAGAGAACAUCUCAAUAACUGUGAAUCAUGUCGAACUAACGGGCCGAGGCCUAAUACCUCCAAUACUAUAUGCUGUAGCGUAGUAUCGGAAAAGGCUGAUGGUCUGUUAAGAGAUCAGAAAAGAGACGAUGAGAAGUCGGUUCGAGAAGUGAUCACAUCAACCAAAUCCCUCAUCGCCGAGGACGACGACAAACCCCAGUCGCCCAGUGAGGGACGUAGAUGGAGAGUUUCUAUGGCCAUCACCGGGAUGACAUGCGCUGCAUGUGUAAACGACAUCAGCUCACAGCUAAACGAGAAGCAAUGGAUCACUAAGGCCACGAUCAAUCUACUUUCAAACAGUGGCGUGGUUGAGUAUAUUGGUACCAAGGACGACGCCAAUCAAGUCGUUGAGAUAAUUGAAGAUACAGGAAGAGGCGCCGAAAUUGAUCAAGUCGUUAGCAUUGAUGGUGAAGAUAAGCCAAAGCAUCAGAGAAAUGUCGAGAUCCGCAUCGAUGGAUUCUACUGCGACCAUUGCGCUGACCGGGCCACGAAUAGUCUCAAGGGAUUCCUUCAAACCCUCGAAGUUAUCGCUAGACCUAGCCGAAAACGACCCAUUCUUAAGAUAGCCUACACGCCUGUAGUGCCCAACUUCACUAUCCGACGGAUCCUCUUAGCUAUUGAAGCAAGCGAUCCAGCAUUCAAGGCGACAAUCUACCAUCCACCCACAUUAGAAGAGCGCUCAAAGAGGAUACAUGCGCGUCAUCAGAAGCAACUCUUCCUUCGUGCCCUAUUCACGACGAUUGUUGUCAUCCCAACGUUUAUCAUUAGUAUGUACCUCAUGGAGCCCUGGCGAUCUGGAAUCAGCCGGGCACAACUUUCUCUUUGUAUCAUGGCAACACCAGUAUACUUUUUCGGUGCUGAUAUAUUUCACCGACGUGCACUAAAGGAGGUCAGGGCGUUAUGGAGACUACGAAGUCAGACACCAAUUCUCCAGCGUUUUUAUCGAUUCGGCAGCAUGAAUAUGCUCAUGUCGUUAGGGACUACGAUCGCAUACAUCUCGUCAAUUAGCCAGAUGAUUGCUGCUGCUGUGGAUCGCCCAGACAUGGUCAAUGACGAAAACUUCUAUUUCGACUCUGUUGUAUUCUUGACAUUUUUCUUACUCUGGGGACGACUCAUCGAAGCAUACAGCAAAUCCAAGACAGGUGAUGCAGUGGAAGCCCUGGGCAAGCUUCGCCCGACUACCGCUGUUCUUGUCGAAGAUGUCACAGAUACUAAGGAGACAGAGACAGUGGUCCAUACUGAUCUACUCGAAUUCGGUGAUCUCGUCCGUAUUCCCCACGGAGGCUCGCCUCCUUGUGAUGGAAAGGUCGUGCGUGGUGCGGCCGAGUUUAACGAAUCCAGUCUAACAGGAGAAUCCCGCUUAGUAAAGAAGGUUGCUAAUGACAACGUCUUCGCGGGUACCAUCAACGUUGGUAAACCUAUCUUGAUUCAAAUCACCGGUAGUGCUGGUCAGUCGAUGCUUGAUCAGAUCGUCGACAUCGUCCGGGAGGGUCAGACCAAGCGUGCACCGAUGGAAAAGCUGGCAGAUCUGUUGACUGCUUACUUUGUCCCGUUUGUUACUCUCAUUGCUAUCCUCACUUGGCUUAUUUGGUUAUCAGUCGGCGUAUCUGGCGCGAUUCCUGGGCAUUUCCUCGAUGUAUCAUCAGGAGGCUGGGUCGUGUUCUCCCUUCAGUUCGCCAUCGCUGUCUUUGUUGUCGCGUGCCCAUGUGGUCUUGCUCUUGCUGCCCCCACUGCGAUUUUCGUCGGCGGUGGCCUAGCUGCGAAGCACGGUAUACUCGUUAAGGGCGGUGGCGAGGCUUUUGAGAAAGCGAGUCAGAUCGACUGUGUCGUCUUCGAUAAGACUGGAACCCUUACUAUGGGUGGUGAGCCGACGAUCACAGAUAAUAUGAUCUUCCCCGGGCAAACAGUAAGCGAAAAGCAGCGGGAUGCUUUCCUGGCGGCGCUUCGGGCUACGGAGGAGAAUAGCACUCAUCCUAUCGCAAAGGCCAUUGUCUCAUUUUGUAGCUCCAGGACAUCUAAGCGCAUUGAGGUCUCGGAUGUCGAGGAGUUACCAGGGAAGGGCCUGAAGGCAGCCUAUAAUUUCGAAUCAUUACCCUUCAAAAUCAUUGUUGGUAACGAGUCGCUCAUGCGCGAUUUUGCAGUUAAUAUCCCACUCGCUGUUGCUACGAGCCUUCAGAUGUGGAAAUCAGAGGCUAAAUCAGUCGCACUCGUAGCUGUCGAGACUCCCGACACGCCAGGUUUAUAUCAAAUCGCAGCUGCCCUCUCAAUCUCCGAUCCAAUACGGCCCGAAGCCUCUGCCGUGCUUCAGGCCCUAAAAUCGAGGGGUACGGAUGUGUGGAUGCUUUCGGGGGACAACGUCAUUACAGCCAAAGCCGUCGCGCUACGCAUGGGUAUCCCCGAAUCCAACGUCAUCGCCGAAGUCCUCCCCGCAGAAAAACAUGAGAAGAUCAAAUGGCUACAGUCUACACUUAAGGCCCGCAGAGGAGAUGUCGAGCUUACGGACCGCCGCGCAUUCAUCGCCAUGGUGGGUGAUGGUAUCAAUGACGCGCCGGCACUUACGACAGCAGACAUAGGCGUAGCAAUUGGCUCCGGUGCCGAUGUUGCCAUCUCCAGCGCGGACUUCGUGCUACUAAACAGCAAUCUAGAGUCCAUCGUCACAUUACUUGAGCUAAGCAAAACGGUAUUCCGUCGCAUCAAGUUCAACUUUGGCUGGGCCCUCAUAUACAACUUGCUCGCUGUACCCAUUGCCGCCGGCUGCCUAUACCCCAUUAUGUCCAAUGGCCAGCACGUGCGUCUCUCGCCCGUCUGGGCUAGUCUAGCGAUGGCGCUGAGCAGUAUCAGCGUCGUGCUGAGUAGCUUGGCACUACGGAGCGGCUUGCCGUGGAUAGGAUUUAGAGCUAAGACAUUUACGAGUGAAGAUAGGAAGAAUAGUGAGGAUGGUAGUGAGACAAGUGCUCAGGCUAAGGGUUAA